AUGUCUCAAACACGCCAACCACAAAACUCUCACCUUCACUCAAGUACCCAAACCUCCCGUGAUUCAUCCACCGUUCGACUCACUGGAACCCUGCGGUUGAGGGGCGAGGAAACACCUGCAUCCACUGAUGAACCGCCCGCCCGACGAAUUCGCUGGAGUGAAGAUGUGAUUGAUAAUGAAGGAAUGGGAAAGAAGAGUUCAAAAGUAUGCUGCAUAUACCACAAAGCUCGCCCAGUAGGCGAAAGCUCUUCAGAAGAAUCCUCCUCAGACUCCUCAGACGAUUCCGAUUCCGAUUCCGAUAUCAAUUAUAGUAAAGCGCGCUCGUCGAAUAACCAUAACCAUCGCGGACGAGAUACCGAUUCGGGCGAAGGUCCUUCUCAGGAAUGUCGUGGUCAUGGUCAUGGUCAUUCUCAUACCAGGAAGGUGAAGAGAAAGCCUAGUCCCAAUGCUUAUGAGAAGAUGCCGAAGUCUAAGUCUAAGAAUUAA